AUGCCCGGUGGAAGAAGGGGUCCUAGUCGGCAGCAACUAAGCCGUUCCGCUUUGCCCUCUCUGCAGACUUUGGUUGGUGGUGGGUCUUGUGGCAAUGGCACAGGGCUGAGGAACAGGAAUGGUAGUGCCGUUGGCCUAUCCGCCCCUCCGAUAACUGCCUUGAUAACCCCUGAACCUGUCCGUCACUGCCGUAUCCCUGACCUGCCGCUGGACGGAAGUCUCCUCUUCGAAUUCCUCUUUUUUAUCUACCUUCUUGUGUCGCUCUUCAUUCAAUACAUCAAUAUAUACAAGACAGUGUGGUGGUACCCAUAUAACCAUCCCGCUUCCUGCACCUCUCUGAAUUUCCACCUCAUCGAUUAUCACCUGGCAGCUUUCAUCACCGUCAUGCUGGCCCGGCGACUUGUCUGGGCCCUUAUUUCUGAGGCUUCUCAGGUAGGAUCAUCCUCCAUGGUCCACUACAGCGCUUUGAUCACCGCCCGCCUGGUCCUGCUCACACUGUGCGGGUGGGUGUUCUGCUGGACCCUGGUCAACCUGUUCCGCAAUCAUUCAGUCCUGAACCUCUUGUUCUUGGGCUACCCAUUCGGAGUCUACGUACCUCUUUGCUGCUUCCACCAAGACAACCGCUCCCAGCCUCUGCCCACGGAUUGUGGAUACCUCGUACAGGAUUCAUUGGUGGAGGACGGUGCUAAUGACGUGGCCAGCCUUGUCAGACCCAAAGACUUUCUGUCCCUCCUCCGAGAGUCCUUGAGGGAACAAUUCAAUUCCCCCCCUCCAUCCCAUCCCACAGCUGUCCGCUGUCCCCGGACCUCAUACGUAACGAGGUGGAGUGUCUGAAAGCAGACUUCAACCGCAGAAUUAAAGAAGUCCUGUUCAAUUCCCUCUUUAGUGCCUACUAUGUGGCGAUUCUGCCGCUGUGCUUUGUAAAAAGCACUCAGUAUUAUGACAUGCGGUGGUCGUGUGAGCACCUCAUUAUGGUGUGGAUCAAUGCCUUCGUGAUGCUGACCACACAGCUGCUGCCGCCCAAGUAUUGCGACUUGCUGCAUCGGUCGGCGUCACACUUAGGAAAGUGGCAGAAGCUGGAGCACGGGUCGUACAGCAACGCACCGCAACACAUCUGGUCAGAAAGCACAGUAUGGCCGCAGGGCGUCCUGGUACGACACAGCCGAAGCUUAUAUAAAGCCGUGGGGCCCUAUAAUGUAGCAGUGCCUUCAGAUGUCUCACAUGCCAGAUUUUAUUUCCUAUUUCACCGGCCGUUACGGCUCCUCAAUACCCUGGUGAUGAUGGAAGGCAGCCUGGUGCUGUAUCAGCUUUACUCCCUGCUCCGCGCUGAGAAGUGGAACCACACCCUUUCCUUGGCGCUCAUUCUGUUCUGCAACUACUACGUCUUGUUCAAACUUCUACGAGACAGAAUAGUAUUGGGAAGGGCUUAUACUCACCCCCUCAACAGCUACGGACUCAAACCCCACUGA